AUGGGAUUCCUGCAUAAAAACAGAUAUUCGGUCAGUCCCAGCUGGGUUCCCCUUGACUUGUCUACAUAUGAUGAUGCUUUGUUUUAUCGGGCAAAACUUCCCCUUCAAGUACAUGUAUUGGGCGACGACGAGGACACGAAAAAUUCCACUGUCGCCCCUUGCUCGUUGAAGAAUAGGUAUCCCCUUUCUUUGGAGGACGAAUGGGAUGUUUCGGUCGCAACUGAAAUGGGACUUUCUUUUCUUUUGCAUUCUUAUGGAGCAAAAUUUGACAGCAAUGUUGGCCAAGCUAAGAAACCUGCUGCCAUCAAAAAAGGGGGCCUUGCCUCUUCAUGUUUCAAGGAAUCCGAAAUGGCCGAGAUUUUCAGCUUGUGCAAAGUUGACAUACAAUUCCGGUCUUUGUUUUUCCGGCCAAAUCUUUCCUUGUGUUUGAGUAAUUUUGUAAAGCUUGAUCUCUCAUUUAAUGAGCUUGAUUCGAUCCCCGAGUCGUUUGGCUUUUAUUUUCCAUGCCUAAAAUUUCUUUCCUUGGAAAGCAACUGUCUAUCUAGGCUUCCUGCUUCCAUUUGUGCGCUAUCUUCUGUGGACACGCUUAUCGUAGACUAUAACAAGCUAACCUUUCUUCCAGAUUCUCUUUUGGGGCCUCUUUCGCUACUGCUGCACUUGGACAUAUCUGAAAACCCAAUUACAUUUCUUCCGCCCUUCUUUUUGAGGCGAAAAAACAUAAAGAUCAUCAGCAAAAAAUGCCCGUUCUUGACAUCAAAGGCGCUUUGCGGCUUUCCCCUAGUCCUGUACGACCAUUAUUUCAACGAAAAAUGGGAACACCCUUCCGAGGACAUGCAGCCCAAAAACGGCUUCACCAGCGCCAAUUUUUUAUUUGAAAACGGAGGCAUUGUUACCAGAACCCUAUUUGCUUACAUUAAGGAAUAUUUUGACUUGCCAGAUGCCAUCACCGAACAGCAUUUAUUGACAAUGUGUGGAAAAUUCCCCUCCAGUCUAAUAUCUUAUUUUGCAUCUAAUUAUGACAGCAUCAACAUAUUCAGCUCGAACACGCACCCUCCAAUCUAUAACGACUCUUUUGAGAUUCAAUCAAACGAGGGCGGCCAUAUCUUUUCCUAUUUGGGGAAAAAGGAGCUUCCCCACCGCUCGAAAAGCUUUGAUGGCUUCUUUUUCAAGAUCCCAAGUUUGAAAGAAUUUGCCUCAAGAGCCGUCUAUGCACGACUGAUCGACAUCCCAGGCAGCUUCCCACUUUCAUUGAAAAUAUUUUUGCGCAAAAGCCAUCCGUGUUCAUAUUGUGGAGGUGUGUAUUUUGACAGCUGGACACCUAGAUUUUUUUGCUCAAAAUUGCCCCAUUAUUACAGCGAAGACAAUGACGACGGAGAGUUUCAGAAAGAGUAUGUUUCUUUGGCAAAGAUGUGCUGGCCACAUUGGGGAGAUAAGCAAUCUCGAUUGGAAAAUAUUUUCUCAUACUCCAAGAUGACGCAAUUUGCGCCGUCCCCUGUGUAUGGAUUCAAGCCGUUCAACAUUCUUGAUUUUUGGAUACGAUCUGCCUCUUUGAACAACCCGUCCAUCAAAUUCGACCGUCAAAGAGCACACACCAAACUUUGGAGGCAUCUAAAAAGGACCAAGGCGUUUGCUACGUUUGAGAAGCGUUUUUACAACGUACAUCUGUGCAGUAAGGCAUUUCUAUUGGACCCCUACGUUAUGUGCAAUUUCCUGUUUCCGGUUUCGGACUCUUUCAUUUCGAAAAAACUGAAUCUAUGCAAGACCAUUGAAAAAAGACGUCGAUUUUUCGCCUUACUAUGCGGCAGAAGAUAUCUUUCCGAUGGAAAGCUUUUUUCUUUGAUCAGCUUGUGA